AAAGCACGAGUGUGCUGCUCUCAGCCACUCGGUGGCGGCUGGUUCGAGGAUUUAUGUGUGAACGCAGGACGGUCGAUCCGUUUGAGUUGACGGUGUUCUAAGAUUUCUUACCGUUAUUUCUCAAACACUCGAAUUUUUUACAUCGUGUAAUUAGCGUGUAAAGUAAGUUUUUACCAUCGUUCCACCCGAUAGUGUGUUCUUGUAGUUCUUCGCUGAUAGAAAUAUAUCGUAUACCGAACCAUGGCGGCUCUUAAACGGAUGGUCAAUUUGUCGAAAACUCUUAAAACGAUGACAACCACGUCUCGUUUGUGCUGUUUUCAAACAUCGAGAAAAACCUAUUUCACAUACGUGAACGAACCUUCUAUGCCGAUAUUGAACAAAGAACCAUGCUGGCUCAAAACUGCCGACGAAGCGAUCGAGAAAGCCGAAUUAGACUCUGAUCAGCUCGUAUUUGUCCAAGGUGCAGCAGCUACUCCUACUGAGUUGUUAAGAGCGAUGACAGAAUAUGGUGUCCGAUGUGACGUGAGAAAUGUAAAAUUGUUUCAUAUGCAUCUUGAAGGCGAUGCACCGUUUGCAAAACCAGAAAAUGCAAAACAUUUCAGAUCCGUUAGCUUCUUCAUUGGAGGUAACGUGAGACCAGCUGUUCAAGCAGGUCACGCUGACUGCAUUCCAAUUUUCUUGCAUGAAAUCCCACGAGUAUUUAAUGAAGGAUAUGUCAAGCCAGACAUCGCGCUUAUCCAUGUUAGCCCACCUGAUGACAAAGGGUACUGUUCACUUGGUACUAGCGUAGAUUGUGUACGAGCUGCUCUGAGCCAUUCUAAAUACAUCGUAGCUUUAGUAAACAAGUGCAUGCCAAGAACGUUCGGUGACGCUUUAAUUCAUGUUAGCCACUUGGAUUUCGCUGUGGAGCAUCACAAACCACUUCCAGUGCAUCCUGUAAAAGCACCGUCGAAAGAGGAACAACAAAUCGGUAAAUACAUCGCCGAAAAUUUAGUACUAGACGGAGCCACGUUACAAAUGGGCAUCGGAAGUAUACCGGAUGCGGUAUUGUCACUUUUGAAGAAUCACCAAGAUCUUGGAAUUCAUAGUGAAAUGUUCAGUGACGGUGUAGUAGAAUUGGUCGAGAAGGGAUGUAUAACAAAUAACCGCAAGACAAUGCACAGAGGCAGAAUUGUCGGCUCGUUCUGUGUUGGAUCAGACAAGUUAUAUAAUUUUAUGCACAAUAAUCCUUUUAUAGAAAUGUUGGUGGUAGACUAUGUGAAUGAUCCAAAAAUAGUAGCCAAACAACCAAACAUGACGGCUAUUAAUUCGUGUAUAGAAGUUGAUAUCACUGGCCAGAUUUGCUCCGAUAGUAUCGGAACUAGAAUGUAUUCUGGAUUUGGGGGGCAACUAGAUUUCAUUACGGGUGCCGCUCUUAGUGACGACCGUCAAGGAAGACCCAUCAUUGCAUUGCAGUCUGUUACUUCGAAGGGUGAAAGCAAAAUUCAGCCUGUUUUAAAGUCAGGUGCUGGUGUCGUUACAAAUAGAGCGGUUGUACGAUACGUUGUCACGGAAUAUGGAAUUGCUAGUUUAUUCGGCAAAAGUCUUCAACAGCGUUCGUACGAACUAAUACAAAUCGCUCACCCCGAUCAUAGAGAAGCGUUAGAAAAAGCAGCAUUUGAACGUUUAAAAAUGAUGCCAGCGCCAUAAGCAUCUAAUUGAAAACAAUAUUCGAAGGCCUUUUUAAAAGUAACAUGAUAGUUGUCUCACAAACAUAAACAUUUCUAUGCGAGGAAGACUGUUAUAAAUUAUUUCGCGAUUUUUCUUUUAUACUUUAUGCCUUCUUAUUGAAACGCUAAUAAUGAAAAAAAAAAAAGUAUCAAGAAUACAAUUUCAAUGUCACAUCAUAGCGAAUUCCAUUUUGAAGUACGCAAUAAGUACUUUCGUUACUUUGGGCGAAUUUCAUUCGAUUUCGAAAUAAAAGUGAGAAAACUUUUACUUUAAACAGGUAUUUAAUGUUACAUUAAAGUACAAUCGAAACGUGCUUGAUGAUAACCAAAAAUAGUGUAUAAUAACGGCGAAUAAUUUUUACACGAAAUUUUGAACGUUCCUGUGUAAAAUAACAUUAUUAUUGUAACUAUUUAGACUACGUGGCAUUUGAAACAAUAAAUUAAAAACAAAAUACAAA